AACUUCUCCAGUCGUGAAGGUGAAACUGGACUAACUGCAGAGGGACGGACGGAUGACCGGACGGAUGAGGGAUUCAUGAAGGGACCUCAGUAAAAUGACGCCACAGGAACAGGAAGUGCCCUGCGUUUGCCACGGAUAGCCCUCAGAGGUGCAUGAUGGGAUUGCACGCGGCCUCCGGCGUCCCUCCGUUCUUCGGCUUUGCGUCCGUCGACCGUCCCAACGCCUCGGGCCCCUCCGCGGCGGCGUCCGUCCCCCCGUCGUCCUGCAGCAUCGACGAGUCCUACAAGUACGUCUUCCUGCCGGUCUGCUACUCGCUGACCUUCGUCUUCAGCCUCACGCUGAACUCGGUGGUGCUGCUGCGCUCCUGCUGCCCGCACGGCGGCGGCGGGCGGCGCUGGAACACCUCGCUGAUCUACAUGGUGAACCUGGCCACCACCGACCUGAUGUACGGCCUGUCGCUGCCCUUCCUGGUGGCCAGCUACGUGCUGAGGGACCACUGGGUGUUCGGAGACUUCAUGUGCCGCCUGGUCCGCUUCCUCUUCUACUUCAACCUUUACUGCUCCAUCUUCUUCCUCACCUGCAUCUCCGUGCACAGGUACCUGGGGAUCUGCCACCCCAUGAGGACCAUCACGCUGGAGAGCCGGCGGCUGGUGAAGGGCACCUGCGCGCUGGUUUGGGUGGUGGUCUUCGUCCUCACCUGCCCCAUCUUCAGGUUCGCUCAGACCGGACUGGUGCGGCGAGGCGGGCCGAGCGAGGCAGGGAACGGGACGGUGGAGCAGGAAGGGGAGGGCUACAUGAACUGCUGGGACGACGCCAUCGAUAAGGAGUUUGCCGACUACGUGCCGUACGGCAUCGUCCUGCACCUGCUGGGCUUCUUCGUGCCCUUCGUCAUCAUCGCCUGGUGCUACUCCCAAGUGGUCCGCACCAUAUUUCAGACGCUGCGCUCCCCUCCCAGCUCCGUGGAGGGCGGCGAGGACGGCCCGGUGGGGGACGUGGCGUUGGAGGCGGCCGGGGAGCGGGAGAGGACCUCGGUGUCCAUCUCGGGCUCGCAGUAUUCACACUACAUCCGGCGGCGGCGGAAAUCCAUCAAAACCAUCGUGACCAUCACUCUGCUGUUCGCGCUCUGCUUCCUGCCCUUCCACGUGACGCGCACCCUCUUCCUGCUGCUGCGGCGCGGCCAGCUCGGCGGCUGCAACGCCAUGAAGGCCGUCUCCAUCUGCUACAAGGUCACCCGCCCGCUGGCGUCCUGCAACGCCUGGCUCAACGCCCUCCUCUACUUCCUCACCGGCGAUAAGGGCGCCCCCUGCUGCUGGCCGGGGCGGCGCGGCGUCCGCCGGGACCGCCGCAGCGGCUCCCUCUGGUGGCCGCUGAAAAUACUGAAAAAAGAGGGCGUCGCAGAGGACGAGCAGGAGGCCCAGGAGAAGGUGGAGAGGGAGUUGCACAUGGAGAACGAGUCCAAAUCUUCAAGGGUCAUCUUUUAA